AUGGCGAAGCGCUCGAGUAAGCAAUGUGGCUCGGUUGGACGGUAUAUGAGCAGGCUGAAAGCUUGUGCAAGGCUCGCUACGUGGCAAGAGGCGGUGUCCGUACUUCAAAGGCUGCGGGACGAAAAGCAGGCAGAUGUGAAACUUUACAGCAUGGCUUUGACUGCAUGUGCACGGGGGCAUCACUGGGCAGCUGCUCUGCAACUCAUGGAUGACCUGACAGACACGCGAUUGGUGGCAGACCUGAUACUAUGUAGCACUGCCAUCAAUGCAUGCAGACGAGGUGGCCAGUGGCAGCAGGCAAUCUCCUUGCUCUGCAGCGCGCAGUCAAGCCACAUGCAGCUGGACAUUGUCAUCUACUCCAGCGCUCUUAGCUCAUGCCAAUCAGCUUCGCAGUGGCAGCAGGCCCUUCUUUUGUUACGGCAUAUGUCUCUUGUCCGGCUACAGCUGGAUGUUGUGGCCUACAGUUCAGCUAUUGAGGCAUGCAGCGAAGCCGGGAAGUGGCAGCUUGCCUUGCAAAUGCUUCAUCACCUGGUGGACGAAAAGCUGCAGGCCGAUUGUGUGCUGUACAAGUCAGCAAUUGCGGCAGCGCAAGGGCAGAAGAAGUGGCGGCAAAUGCUGUGCAUGAUAUCGCAGCUGGAGUGGCAAGGAGGAGUUCCUGAUUUUGAUGCUUGUAAAGUUGAAGCAGUUGUUACUGCCUGGGAGAUCGGCAAGAAAUGGGAACAGCUGAUGGUGGUCUUUGCGCUGCAGCAAAGUAUCUUGCAAGAUGGCCUGGGUCAGCGCACGGGAAUUCUACACACCGCAGGUGCGUUUUUGGGAGAGCGCAGGCAGUGGCAGCAUGCAGUUUCGAUUCUGACAGGCGCAGAGGUAGAAGAUGAUUCGCAGACAGUGGCGCUCAAGUCUGCAGCAAUCUUGGCAGCCGACAAGGGCGAGCAGUGGCAACUAGGCCUGCACAUCCUUGGCGACCUCCAGCAGCAUCGACUCAGACCUAGCCUCAUCACGUAUGGGGCAGCUAUCAAGUGCUGCGAGACGGUGGGAAGAUGGCGCGAAGCGGUGUGUCUAUUACAUGGCAUGAAACGACAGAAGUUGCAAAUCAAUGUGAUCACCGUUAACGCUACGAUCAGUGCUUGUGGUAAGGCCACGCAGUGGCAGAAGGCACUGGCGGUGUUUCAUCAGGCGGUGGCAGAGAGCCUGGAGUCAGACAUCAUAUCCCUGAAUGCCGUGAUCAGCGCCUUCGAGAAAGGCCGAAGAUGGCAAGAAGCUUUGGCGUUGCUCUCGCAGCUGCAUGUCUUGGAGCUGGAGGCUGAUUUGACCAGUUUCAAUGCAGCAAUCAGUGCAUGCGAGAAAAGUGCCCGUUGGCAGCAAGGCGUGGCACUGCUUGAAAGCCUCGCCGCUCACCUCAUGCGCCCGACCGCACUGUCAUACAAUGCAGCUAUUAGCGCAUGUGAGAAGGCCGGUUGCUGGGAGCGGGCCUUAUGUUUACUCCGUGAGCUUACGGCACAGCGGGUGCGACGCACGGUUGUUACAGCCUCGGCUGCUAUCAGUGCCUGUGACAAGGGAGGGCGCUGGCAAGCUGCCCUCCUGCUUUUCGCUGAGUUUCAGGCGGAAGAUUUGUACAGCGUUGUCACCUACAGCGCAGCCAUCUCCGCUUGCGAAAGGGGCAAGGAAUGGAGACAAGCUUUGGGGCUUCUUUCCCAGCUCGGCGAAAACCGGGUGCCGGCCAACCAUAUGGUCUACAACAGCGGUAUUGGGGCUUGCUCCGUGUGCACUGAGUGGCAACAAUCCUUGGCCCUUCUUGAAGGCAUGGAGUUGGCGACAGUGCAAAGGGAUGCGACUGGCAUCAGUGCCGCGAUCAGUGCCUGUGAAAUUGCUGACCAGCGGCGGCUUACUGCAGAGCUAUUGUUUGAUUUAGGAGCAUUUGCAUCCCGGAUCCCGUUUGGGGACUUGAGUCUCUCCUGA